UUAUUAAAUCUGGAUUUAGAGAUUUUUUUUGCCCAUUAAAGAUACGUGGUAUAUUUAUCUAUAAUUCUACACAGGCUUUGCUAGCCGGUUGAGUCCACAUUAUUUUCCCCCGUUUUAACGGAUGUGAGGUUAGAGGCUGGACCGGGCCUCUCGUGCUAAUCCCGCAGAGUAGAGACAGUCUCUCACAGGGGCUCUCGAGCCGUAUUGUGCGUCAUCCCCAUCGCCGCCGUUUUGUUAUUUUUCUCCGCUGAGGAAAUAUGGCAACCCCCGCUGCGGUCAACCCGUCUGAAAUGGGCAGUGAGUUGCCAGGAACAGUGUCAAUGCCAGGAGCUGUUGGGUCUGGACAGGUGAGGAGGGGAGGAGCCGUCCCAGGCCGUGGGGGCAAGAGGAGAUCAGGAGGAAUGGACUUUGAUGAUGAAGACGGAGAGGGGCCUAGCAAAUUUUCAAGAGAGAACCACAGUGAGAUUGAGCGACGCCGGCGCAACAAAAUGACCCAGUACAUCACUGAGCUGUCAGACAUGGUCCCCACUUGCAGCGCCCUGGCCAGAAAACCUGAUAAACUGACCAUCUUGCGUAUGGCUGUUUCCCAUAUGAAAUCCAUGAGGGGGACUGGCAACACAUCUACAGAUGGGGCCUAUAAACCCUCCUUUCUCACUGAACAGGAACUAAAGCAUCUGAUCCUGGAGGCAGCAGAUGGCUUCUUGUUUGUGGUUGCUGCAGAGACGGGUCGGGUCAUCUAUGUGUCAGACUCAGUGACACCAGUGCUGAACCAGCCCCAAUCUGAGUGGUUUGGCAGCACUCUGUAUGAGCAGGUUCACCCUGAUGAUGUGGACAAGUUGCGGGAACAGCUCAGCACUUCAGAAAACUCCAUGACAGGGCGGAUUCUGGACCUGAAGACAGGAACAGUGAAGAAGGAGGGACAGCAGUCCUCCAUGAGGAUGUGCAUGGGCUCUCGACGCUCCUUCAUCUGCCGAAUGAGAUGUGGCAGUGCUCCUCUAGACCACAUCUCCCUAAACCGCCUGGCUAACAUGAGAAAGAGAUACAGGAAUGGCCUCGGGCCUUCAAAAGAAGGAGAAGCUCAGUACUCUGUGGUGCAUUGCACUGGCUACAUCAAAGCCUGGCCCCCUGCAGGUAUGACAAUACCAGAAGAAGACACAGAGGCAGGUCAGACUGGAAAAUACUGCCUAGUGGCCAUCGGAAGACUGCAGGUAACCAGCUCUCCAGUCUCUAUGGAUAUGAACGGCCUGUCGGUCCCCACAGAGUUCCUGUCACGUCACAACUCUGACGGUGUCAUCACAUUUGUGGACCCACGCUGCAUCAGUGUCAUUGGUUAUCAGCCUCAGGACCUGCUGGGGAAAGAUAUUCUUGAGUUCUGCCAUCCUGAGGACCAGAGUCACCUUAGAGAAAGUUUUCAACAGGUGGUGAAAUUGAAGGGUCAGGUCCUGUCGGUGAUGUAUCGUUUCCGGAUGAAAAACAGGGAGUGGAUGCUUAUCCGAACCAGCAGUUUCACCUUUCAGAACCCAUACUCUGAUGAGAUAGAGUACAUCAUCUGCACCAACACCAAUGUGAAGCAGUUACAGCAGCAGCAGGCAGAGCUAGAGGUUCAGCAAAGAGAUGGACUGACUGCCUAUGAUCUCUCCCAGGUGCCUGUGGCCAGCGUCAGCAGUGGAGUUCAUGAGGCCGGGAAAAACAUUGACAAGACAGAAGCCCUGUUCUCCCAGGAGAGAGACCCACGCUUUGCUGAGAUGUACACCGGCAUCUCUGGCUCUGCAAUGCCAGCAGUGGAAAAGAGACUUGCCAGCAAAUCACCAAAAUCGGGAGAUAAGAAGAUGAUGGUUCCCUCCUCUACAGCUGGAGGACAGCAGCUCUACUCCCAGAGUUCUCCCUUUCAGCAGGGACAUUCGGGCAAAACUUUCAGUUCUUCUGUGAUCCAUGUCCCUGGUGUGAACGACAUACAGCCACCAGGUUCAACCAAUCAGAAUCUAGCUCAGAUCUCCAGACAGCUUAAUCCAGGCCAGGUAGCAUGGUCAGGCAACCGACCCCCAUUCUCUGGACAGUCCAGUAAAGCCCAGUCCAGUCCUUUUGGUAUUGGUUCUGGCCACAGCUACCAGACUGAUCCGGCCUCCUACAGCCCACUGUCCUCCCCAGCUACUUCCUCUCCCAGCGGCAAUGCCUACUCAGGACUGACAAACCGCAGCACAGCUUUUGAUGUGUCAGGGGAAAGCAGUCAAAGUGGAGCUCAGUUCCAGGGUCGUCCCAGUGAGGUCUGGUCCCAGUGGCAGAACCAGCAUCACUCACAGCAGACUGGGGAACAGCACACACACCCCAACCCCAGCCAGACAGAAGUCUUCCAGGACAUGUUGCCUAUGGCUGGAGAUCCUACCCAGGGAACAGCCAACUAUAACAUUGAGGACUUUGCUGACCUCGGCAUGUUCCCACCCUUCUCUGAAUAAUAGCCACCUCACUCCAUCAUGCUCCUGCUCAGAACUGGACCGAUGUAUGCAUUUAUCUCUCAAGUCCUAUCUCAUUUUUCUGUAUUGCUGGAUCAUCAACACAGCCAUGUGAGUCACAGUGAAUGUCUGGGUGGACAUCGUCAUUUGCACGCAUGCAAACACACAGUGCACUAUUGUUUUAGGCCCUGUGGCCUACAGGAUGUUUCAGUGGACAUACAUGUACCUCAUCUUUGCAAAGAGGUGCCUUUCUGUCAGAUUUAAAGAAUAUUAGUCAGCUUUUGUUGGCUCUCAUAAAAUCAUACAGUCUCUGACAUUUGGGUCUCUGAAACUGCUUUCUGAAAACCAGAGGUCAGUCAGCCUAUUAUAGGUAUGUCUGAAUGAAGUAAUUGUCAGUAAUAAUAGACAUUUUAUACUUCCUCUCUUACAGACUUUAUAUAAAAAAUUAUUUUAAAUUUUACCCAGAAAAGCAACAUCUGCGUGACAUUAUAUUUCACUUUUUGUGUACAAGCAUCUACACCGAUGAACAGAAUUUAUGUCUGUACUAAAUGCACAUUAGCAGCCCCAUCUGAACUGAAUCCAUGUUUGCUACUAUGUCCAUAUGGUAGACUCUGUAUAAAAGAUGGACUGUGAUGUCACCCAUUGGUUAGUGAAGUCCUAUGUUGAAUCUUUAAGCUGAGCAUUGUCACUCUUGCCAUCUUUGAUAUGUGACAAGCAAAACAUGAAUCUGACUCUGAAAUCGAAAUACUCUCCAUGCUCAUUGACUACUGACUUGUCAGUCACAAGCUGUUAGCCAGCGAGCAUUUUUCUUCCUUUCUGAUUUGUGAGGACCAUAAAUUACAAAAUAAACAUCAUGUUGUAUUUUAUAUAACUUGAAAUUAAUAACUGAGGCAAGAAACUCACAGGGAAAGUGUUUAUUAUGAAGUCACAGAUCAAGGGAAUUUUCCCAUAGACUUUUCAGUCAUACUUCUUUUUGUAACUAGAGGUGUCGCCCCCUGUUGGCUAUUAGAAUGAAUGAACAUUUCAGGCACUUCAGUAUUGCCUUUACUUUUGAGACCUGGUGACUGUGUUCAUCUUUUAUACAGUCUAUCAUGGUCAUGCAGUUUAUACACCAGUGUGGCAGUAAUUUUAACUGGGCUGUACAUUUGAUCUGCUAUUCUUAAUUCUGUUACAGCUCCCAUGUGUCAGGAAUUAAUGUGACAGAGAAAAUGUUUUGAGUGGUAAACAAAGGGCAGAAUCCUGUAUAAAAAAAAAAAAUGGAUGUAGCAACCGCGACAGCACCCAUUGGUUAGUGGAGUCGUGUUGUGAACCCUUAAGCUGAGCAUUUUUGGCAUCACCAGUUUGUUGUUUUUAAAACUGGUAUCCCAGGGCAAGAGAGCCAGAGGUCAUUUUCCCAUGGACUAUACAACUGGAUUUCUUUCUGAAACCAGUGCAGUCAAUAAAAAGAAUGCUGGUUUAAAGCAUUUGUGCUUUGGCUUCAUUUUCCAGACCCCAAAUCUAUGUCGGAUUUUUAUAUACAGUCUGUGAACAGAAGUCUGCUUUCUGUUCAGUCAUGUUGCUCACCUAUCAUAACUGAGAGGAAACAUAGCACACAGAGUUCUGCUUUUACAUGCUGGUAUCAAUCCACAUGUUCCUUGCCUGGCAGGACAGGAAAAACAUAACAAAUCAGUAACUGACCACUCAUCAUCUCGGGCAAAUUCCUAGAGUGACUGUACUGAGCAUCAGUCGAUAGCACUAUGAUGUGCAUUUAAAAGACUUAACCAACAGACCCACGGUAGGAUUAAUGUAAGGUUUGACAAUGUCCACCUCCAUCUGUCUGAAGCGGUCUCCUGCACAUCAUUACUGACUCUGCCAAACAACAGCAGGAGAUGAGAUGCACACCUCCACUUGAUGCUGCCAUCACUUUCUCCAUCAACCUUAUUGUAUAACCUAUAUGUUGUGAUGUCCUGAACUCUAGAGAAAAAAAACUUGAUGCGCCUAUAGAAGGAUUCUCUGUAUACAUGAAAUGAAAUUUUUUACAAAAAUCUCAUUGCAGAAAGUUGCUAAGGCUUGAAGUGCACUUCAUGAAGCUAACUACUAAUCACACCAGCCUGCUUUAAAAGGGAAAAACCGCCAUACCGUCCAAGAAAAGCGCAGUAUAUACUAGUGUAUUUGGUGUUCUUCAGCUCUCACUAAUUGAUUUUAUUACAUUAUAAUCUUUUCAACAAUUAAGAGACUGACUAAAACUUUAUAGUGGGGGAGCUUUUACAUGCUAGAUUGUAUAAUGUCUCUGACAGACAGAUGGGAGAACCUUCAGACAUCCUUUUGCUAAAGAUCUCAAAUUGAUGUUCUUUUGUAAAUAAUGUGAUUUUUAUGUCGACUCGUGUUACUUUCACACAGUACAUUUUUUUGUGUAGCUUUUAAUGAUAUCGUGUACAAUGUGAGUGCAUAUUUAACUAUUGACAUUUAGUUAGUUGGUUAAUUGUACAUUGAGUUCUAGAUCUGUAUAAAUUGUGUAAAUGUGACCCAUUAUUUUUGUGUAACAAAUUGUGCUUGUGACAAUAAAUUCUUAUUGGUUACGUGGCUUUCA